AUGUCGUGUUCACUCACUCAAAGCUGCUUCAGACAGCUUGCGCGGAACCCUCUGAGACAGGGCCCUCUGCCGGUUUUCCUCGCGCCGGCGUUUUCUCAGUUCCCCCGGACUCAGCCCUUCUCGACCACGACCCCGGCGCAAUCUCGGGUUGGCGGCGCCGCGAUCUCGAUACCCCCGGAAGUCUCGUUGAAAUUCAUUGAUCUCCCGCAGACGCAGGUGAGAACCCGGUCGAAGGAGAUUCCUAAGACUGCAAUUGAGGUCAAGGGUCCUCUGGGUGAAUUGACGUUGAACAUCCCUCCCUUUGUGAAUGUGACGCACGAUGAAGCUCUCCGGAAAGCUAGCCUUACGGUCGAAGACUCGUCCGUCGCCCACCAGCGUGCUAUGUGGGGUAUGUUCAGUCGUUGUUUGUCGGCGGAUUGCGUCUAA